AUGGACAACUACAAGACCUCGAAAGAGGCAUUUGUAUCAAACAUGACGGGCUCCAGCAUAGGACACAUUAAUUUGGUUUCGUCCGCUGCCCUGGCCUCUAUUGGAUUAUAUUCAGCCUUUCAGUCGCGAUGGUCGCCACACAUAUCAAAUCACCCGCUUGCUUCAUGCUUGAUCCUCGUCCUACCCCUCCUGCUUUCCAUGACAUUCUUUGCCGACUCGCCCGUAACCUUGGCUCUUCUGCUCUUGCUUCCAACGGGGUUUUUACUCCUCAAACCAAGGAGGGAUUCCAGUGUUGUACUUCCGAACUCGACGCCACAACAGGAUUCGGAGACCACGGCUAAGAUUGAACCUUUCCCAGCGGUAACAACAUAUCGAGCCCAUAUGAUGCUGAUGACCAUUCUGGCUAUAUUGGCAGUCGAUUUCCCUGUUUUCCCGAGGAAACUGGCUAAAUGUGAGACUUUCGGUGUGUCGUUAAUGGACAUUGGUGUUGGGUCUUUCGUGUUUUCUCAAGGGAUCGUGUCUGCUAUUCCUAUCUUGAAGGACCCGACAUACCUGACCCUCCCCAUGUGGAAAAAACUUCCCAUUGUCAUACGAAAGACGUCGCCCAUCAUACUCUUAGGCGUCAUUCGCGUCAUUUUGGUGAAGGGAGUAGAAUACCCGGAACAUGAAACAGAAUAUGGCGCACAUUGGAAUUUCUUCAUUACCCUUGCACUAUUGCCCAUCUUGCAAGUUCUCCUACACCCGCUAAUCCUACGCCUACCCGUUUCUUUGAUAGGCAUCUUGGUCGGAAUAGCUCACCAGUUUAGCUUGUCGUGGUUUGGUUUGGAGAAUUACGUUCUACACGUUCCUCGGACGUCCAUCAUCUCAGCUAACAAAGAGGGCAUAGCAUCCCUCAUAGGCUACUUGGCUAUCCAGCUGUUAGGAUUGUCGACGGGCACCAUCGUUCUGCCCCCUUCCCCUAACCACUUUAGAAGACAACAGCAAGCACUUUCCGAUCGAUCGUCUAAACGUCGCGAUAGCACCGCAUCUCCUUCGAUCACACAGCGUCAGAACGACAAGACUGCAACAGUUCUUUUCUCUUAUGCAGUCCUGUGGUGGUCCUUCCUCGGAAUCACGAAAUUACUCGCGGUUGGGACGAAUGUUUCAAGACGCAUGGCCAAUUUGCAAUAUGUCCUGUGGGUUGCGGCGUAUAACACUAGCUUUAUCCUGGGAUAUAUCCUGCUGGAUCUCUAUUUCUUCCCCUCCCCUUUGUCUAAAUCCGUCUACUCACCAACAUCGAAAUUGAAAGCUAUCAAUAGGAACGGACUGGCAUUGUUCCUCUUGGCGAACGUUGCUACAGGGCUGAUCAAUAUGUCCGUCCAGACGAUGUAUAUGUCCGAUCUUUGGGCUUUCUGCAUCCUAGUCACGUACUCUUUUGGUAUAUCCCUAAUUGCCUGGGCGCUGCGUAGUAGGCGUUUAGUGAAGCUAUGA